UAAACAAAUUCAUACCCACCUUCAUUGACAGUCCACUCCUGACUCCACUACAAAAAUCAAUCCCAUCUCAUACCCAUUUGAUUUGUCUCCUAAUUCUGAUUUUAUUUCAAUUACAAAUUUUUGUUAAUUUUUUUUAGCAAAAAUUUCAUAGUUGAAGGAACACACAAGACAAAGAUGAGGAAGAGCAAGGAGCAAAGCCAGAACAAGUUCGUGAGGAUCAUAACAUUACCCAUCAGAGUUUUAGGGAGAGCAAGAGACAUGUACGUUCGAAACAUAACAAAGUGCGGUCACAACAUGAACUAUAGCAACCCCGUUGAUGCUGCUGGUCGAUUCGAGGCUUUGCCCAGAAGCUAUAGCGCCGCCACAUCGAGGUCCGGUGGCGGUGGUGAUAACGAGGAUUUUGCAGAGCUUCUGAGAGCAGCUUCGGCUAGGACUUUGGUCAAUAGAAUCGAUGUGGAUUUGGUUCUGAAACAGCAGUCCACGUCAGCACAACCCGUUUCCUCAAAUGGGUUGCCCAAGUCCGUUAGUGUUGGCAUGGGUCGGAUCGAUGAGGAUACGCCUUAUGAUUUGGUUGAUGUUGAUGUUCCUGUUGUUCCAAAUUCGUAUCCAAGAAGUAGAAGCUACGCUGUUGGUAAGACAAGUGGUGUUUUGUAAAUCCAUACUUCAGGAUCAACGCAUUUUAACUUGUAUGAGAAUG